UCAGCGCGGUCGGUCGCGAUCCUCCCGCCGCUCCGCGCGCACGCGCGGUCCUCACCGACAGGUCAGCGGCGCCCAGGCAGCCCGGCCCGCAUCGCCCCCUACCGGCCCGAGGCUUCCAACCAGCCAACAGUGCCAACUGUCACCUAGAAAAGACACAGGGGCCCGGCCUCAGUUCCCCCAAUGUGCCAAGUAGAGUUUGAGAUGGCCUGCGCUGCUGUCAAGCAGUUGAAGGGACCUGUGAGUGAUCAGGAGAAACUGUUGGUGUACAGCUUCUACAAACAGGCCACCCAGGGCGACUGCAACAUCCCUGCCCCACCUGCCACAGAUGUGAAAGCCAAGGCCAAGUGGGAGGCAUGGAACGAGAACAAAGGGAUGUCCAAGAUGGAUGCCAUGAGGAUCUAUGUUGCCAAAGUGGAAGAACUGAAGAAAAAUGACAGUGGAUAAGGAGGAGUGCCAAACAGAAUGAAGUGGCAUGGCUCCUCUGAUAGGGAAAAGGGCUUCUUAAAAGUCUGAUGGCUGAAAUGUCAUGAAGCCAUAACAACUGUAGCUGAGAGACCUCAAUAAAUCACUUAAACUGCA